GCGAAGGAAGAGAUCUACUUAUAUUGCAACAGCUAUCAAAAUAUCUUCAUGGCCGCCUUGUUGGAAGUUCGCGUGAAUCUUCUAGCUUUCUCUAUUUCAGGUUGAUAACAAUUCCAUUCAAUUUUGGUAAGGAAGAAGAAUUUGAUCUUAAUGGAGGAUUUGCCAGAUCACUUGGUUUGGGAGAUUUUGGAUAGGCUGAAGGAAACUGUAGAUCGGAAUUCCACUUCUUUAGCAUGUAAACGCCUUCACAAAUUUGAGAGAGAGCAAAGGGAAGUACUUAAAGUUGGUCUCGGAUUACACCCUGUAAAUGAAGCUUUAACCUCCCUCUGCAACCGGUUCACCAACUUGAAGAAAGUAGAAAUUAAUUACAAUGAUUACUGGUCUGAAUUAGGAAAACAAAUGGAUGACCAAGGCCUUCUCAUACUUUCUCAGUACUGUCCUUCUCUGGUCGACUUGACUCUGAGCCACUGUAACUCCAUUACUGAUGCUGGUGUCCGCCAUUUAGCUUCUUGCAGAAAACUUGUGGCUUUCAGAUUGGAUUACACGUCAAGGAUCACUGGUCGUGGUCUAUUUUUUCUUGUUGUGGGGUGCAAGAAUAUAGCCACCCUCCACCUUACCAGAUGCUCAAAUGUGAAUAGCGUUGAGUGGCUGGAAUACCUUGGGAUGCUGGGGACUCUAGAGGACUUAUCAAUUAAGAACUGUAAAGCAAUUCGGGAGGGAUACCUUAACAAGCUUGGACCUGGUUGGCAGAAGCUUAAACGGUUGCAGUUUGAGGCUGACUUUAGUUCUGCGAACGUGAAUGAUCUGGAUGUAUGGAAGGGCAACUGGAUUUCCUGUGAGAACUUGCGGGAGCUUAGCUUGGUUAAUUGCAUUGUCAGUCCAGGAAGAGGGCUCUCUUGGUUAUUGGAUAACUGCAGAGCAUUAGAGAAGCUCUACUUGCACAUGUGUAUUGGAGUUAGAGACAGUGACAUUGUGAACUUAACACAGAAAUCGAAUAACCUUCGGUCUAUCUCCCUCCACCUCCCCUCAGAUUUCUCACGUUUUUUCUUAAACAUUCCAUUGAGGUUGACAGAUGAGAGUCUGAAAGCAAUAGCUCAUAACUGUUCUAUGCUUGAGUCAGUUAAAAUAUCAUACUUGGAUGGAGAUCACUUCCCUUCCUCAUUCUCUUCAUUUAACUUAAGUGGUAUCCUCACUCUAAUCCAGAUGUGUCCAGUCAGAGUGUUGAUUCUUGACCAUGUCUCUACAUUCAACGACAAUGGGAUGGAAGCUCUUUGUUCAGCUCACUUUUUGCAGACCCUGGAGCUUGUGAGAUGCCAAGCGAUCAGUGAUGAGGGGCUGCAAUUUGUUGCACAAUUUCCACAUUUGAGUUUUCUCAUGCUGGUUAAGUGUUUAGUUGUGACAGAUGAUGGGCUAAAGCCACUUGUGGGAUCACACAAGUUGGAAAGGCUGACAGUUGAGGAUUGCCCUCAAAUCUCAGAGAGGGGUGUUGAAGGGACUGCAAGGUUUGUGUCAUACAAGCAAGACUUGCCAAGUAUUUACUAAUACUGAAUCUCCUUGCUUUCAAAAUUGCUUAAAUAAUAUAAAUUCUCAGUUCUUGUUCUUCCAAUUUUUGUUUCAUUUAAAACAUGAUUUGUUGGCCUUCUCAGAAGCUUCUUUUUACAUUU